AUGUCGAAAAAUUUCGAGUGCGACAAAAUGACUCCCGAGCCCGCCACUCCGCCGAUCCCCAAAAGCGAAAGCGAAAAUGAGACGGAGAUUUCGUCGUUGAAAAAACUUCGAGAAAAUUCGUUUGAAAGUUUUGAAUUGUUAGAAAACCAACUUUUCCUCGAAGACUUAAAAGCUCAGAAAAAGAAGCGAGAAAUCGUCUUGCGGCCUUCUGAGAAGGAUUCAUCGCCAACAAAAAGAAUAUCGUACAUCCCGUUUAAUUUAUCGUCAAGUGAAAAUUCGGAAAUCGCAGAGGUGGAAAAAAUCGACGAACCAAAAGUGACGAAAAAGUCGAAAACAAAACUUGCGAAGAAAAGUUUGAAAAAGUCGACAAAAUUGAAAAUUGAGAAAAUCGAAAAAGCGGAAGAAGAACAGAGUGACAACGAAGAGGAGAGUUUUAACAACGAACAGCUCGAAGACGACGAAAAUCGAGAAACAAAACAACCAAAGAAAAAAGUUGUCAAAAAACGAUCAACGAAAAAAGUUGCGAAGUGUAAAAAGGCGACGAAAGACGAGUCGGACUCAACAAGUGAUUGA